UUAUAUUAAUUUCAGAAAAAAGUGUAUAAUAUAUUAAAAUAUCAAUCUAUUUAUAUUGUAAAAUAUAUUUUUUGGUGAAAGUUAAAAAUAUCUGUUGAUAUAUAUGCCUAAAUUAAUAAGAAAAAACUUAUCAAAACUUGUUUGAACGUGUUUCAAGUAGCUGCCAUUAGGAAAUGCUCAUUAUAAACGUCUGAAUAAUUUUUUUCAAUAGUUUUGUGAAGACAUGCAUUAAAAUUUUUAUACGCUAUAAUCAAGAUUUUCUAUUGAUUAAUACAUUUAUGUAACAUUGAUACAAUGGUAUAUCAUUCAUAAUGUAAUAGUGUUUAUAAUAUUUUUGUAAAAGAGAAAUGAAAAUGAAAUAUUUUUGAGGGCAAUAAGAUGCCUGUCAAUCCAUUCAAUAAUGGGACAGCAUUUCGCUAGUCUCAAAGAAUUUUUUAGAAUGGACAAUGAAAGGCAAUCUUCUGAAACAUGUAAUGCUAUACAACCAACACAAUUAGAAAUAAUGAAUCAAGAUGAUAUAGAAAAUUUACAUAAUAAUGAAAAUAAUGGAAAUGUAUCUACAUUGAAUUUAAGUUUAAUUCUUCAUGAAGAAUGUAAAGCAGAUAGAAGUUUGGAUAAUGAUCAUGUAAAUUUAGAUCUAGAUAAUCAUAAUUCUAGAUUUGAAACUUUAUAUAGUCAACCAAUUGAGACACAAAAUUCAAAACAAAUUUGUAGUAAUGGAAACAUUAAUAAAGAGAUAUGUUUUAAACAACAAGAAGCAUGUUGCAGUAGUUCUGGAAGUAGUAAUACUAGUAGUAGUUCUGAAGAUAGUCCUAUAAAUCCUUCUUUAAGAAGAUCUUCUAAAACUUUAUCAUUUGGAAAGAGGAAAGGCAAACAACGUAAUAAAGAUCAAAAUUCAAUAUGUACUCAUAUUUUGUCUUCAAAGAAAAAACGAAGUAACUGGGUGUUAAAAUUUAACUGUGCUAAAAAUAAAAAUUCUAAAAGCACAGAUAUUAUUCCUGGUCAGGGAAAUAAUAAUUUAGAUUGUGUUUGCACUGGUUAUAGAAGAACUGAAGAACAUUCUAUAGGAGCUAGUGUUAUAUUUAAUAGCCGAUCUGCUCCUCAAAGUCCAAUACUUGGACCACUUCCACCCAGUCCUAUAAUUAAUCUUUCAAGAUUUAAUCCAGAAGAGUUUCCAAUGGAAGAUUGUGACAAAAGAGCACGAUUACAACGUGCACGAGAAAUGGAGGAAGGUGUUGAACCUCCUCCUGGUUAUAAGCCUAAUUAUCCUUCUGGAAUUCAAGUACAUCCAAAUGGAAUAACAGUAGACAGUUUAGCAGCUUUAUUCCAAGCGCAUGCUGGUAUACAAGCUGCUGCUCUUACAGCUUUAUCACAAAUUGAUUUUACAUUAAUUCCAAACAUUGAGAGGCCAGCACAUACUCAAGUUGAUUAUGUUCAUUGUCUUGUGCCAGAUCUUAGAUCAAUUACAGCUUGUUCUUUCUAUUGGGGUAAAAUGGAUAGAUAUGAAGCUGAACGUUUGUUAGAGGGUAAACAAGAAGGUACAUUUUUGUUACGUGAUUCGGCCCAAGAGGAGUUUAUUUUUUCUGUUAGUUUUCGAAAAUAUGGACGGUCAUUACAUGCUCGAAUUGAACAAUGGAAUCAUAAAUUUAGUUUUGAUUCACAUGAUCCAGGAGUUUAUGCUUCGGAAACGGUAUGUGGUUUAAUUGAGCAUUAUAAACAUCCAUCAUGUUCUAUGUUUUUUGAACCUAUGCUUACUAUACCAUUUCAUCGAAAUUUUGCUUUCCCUUUACAACAUUUAUGUCGAGCAGUAAUUACUACACGAACGACAUAUGACGGUAUUAAUAAGUUACAAUUGCCAAAGACGCUUAAAAGUUAUCUCAAGGAAUAUCAUUACAAGCAAAGAGUACGGGUUAGACGAUUAGAUACUGAGAAUGACUUACAAUCAGAUGGAAGAUCCAUAUCAUAUUUACCUUUAAUAUAAAUCUCUGUAUUAAUAUUUAAUAGAGUUUAUCAGGCAUUAUUUUAUUGACUUUACAUUCGUAUUUACUACUUUAUUACAGUGAUAUGUGGUGUAUAUAUAAUAGUAGAAUUAAAAUUACUGCACGGAAUACAUAAAUAAUACAUAUAAAAACUGUAAUUUUUCGUAAAUGUUACAAAAUUUAAAAAACAAUAUUUUUUUUGUUUUAAAUAUAA